GGUCACCGCGCUGUCGGCACCGAGCUGCGCCCUUGUGCUGCCCGGAACACCAUGAGGCCCUUCACGGUGUCGGGCCCGGCUCAGGUGCUCCGGAGCAACUGUUAAAAAUAAUCUGAACGGAGUACUCAACUUGACAAAUCACUCUAGCAUUACGAAAACGGGGAUACAGUGCAGUCUUUUAGCAUUGACGUCACAAGGAAAACAUUCUUACCAGUUAUAAUAGAACUCAGCACACCCAAUUAAUCAGUCACCCCUGGGAAACUGUGAUGACAGCUGCCAUGAGGAAAUACCCCAACCCCAUGAACCCCUGCGUGGUGGGAGUCGAUGUCCUGGACAGACACGUGGAUCCCAGCGGGAAGCUGCACAGCCACAGGCUCCUGAGCACAGAGUGGGGAAUCCCGUCCAUUGUGAAAUCGCUCAUUGGCACCUGCAGGACAAGGACAUAUGUACAGGAGCACUCUGUUGUUGACCCUGUGAAAAGAACAAUGGAGCUUAAAUCCUGUAAUAUUUCAUUUACAAACCUGGUGUCGGUAGAUGAGAGGCUUGUCUAUAAACCACACCCUCAUGAACCACACAAAACCAUUUUGACACAAGAAGCAAUAAUAUCUGUAAAAGGUGUCAGUCUCAGCAGUUACCUAGAAGGGCUAAUGGCAAACACAAUUUCUUCCAAUGCUAAAAAAGGCCGUGAAGCAUUGGAAUGGGUAAUUAAAAGACUGAAUGCUGAAAUUGAAGAGUUUGCAGCUUCAGCAAGAGGAACCAUGAGGAAUUCGAUGGCAGCAGCAGCAUUUGUAGAGAAAUGAUGAUAGUUCUUAGACCUGCAUCACUAAUGAGGCUUAACGACCUGCAGCUUCUCCCUGGCCUAAAUACAUGUAUCCUUUGUUAUUUAAAGGAUGUGUGUAUUAGGCCUGUUAUAAAUUUCAU